AUGGCUUCACAGAGAACAGUUUGCAAUGGGCAGAAGGCUCGCAGGAAGGAGGUGUUUAUCCAGGAGCGGUAUGGAAGGUUUAAUCUAAAUGACCCGUUCUUGGCACUCCAGAGAGACUAUGAGGCAGGUGCUGGUGACAAAGAGAAAAAGCCAGUUUGUACCAACCCCAUCUCCAUCCUGGAAGCUGUCAUGGCCCACUGCAGGAAGAUGCAGGAAAGGAUGUCCACGCAGCUGGCUGCCGCGGAGAGCAGGCAAAAAAAGCUGGAAAUGGAAAAGCUCCAGCUACAAGCUCUUGAGCAGGAGCACAGGAAGCUGGCCACCCGCCUGGAGGAGGAGCGGGGCAAGAACAAGCAGGUGGUCCUGAUGCUGGUGAAGGAGUGUAAGCAGCUCUCGGGCAGAGUCAUAGAGGAAGCCCAGAAGCUGGAAGGAGUGGUGGCCACGCUGGAGGAGGAGAGGAAAAAGACACGUGAAUUAGAGGAGGCGCUCUCGGCGGAGAAGCGACGAAGCGCAGAAAUGGAGGCUCAGAUGGAGAAGCAGCUCUCCGAGCUUGACACUGAGCGGGAGCGGCUUCGUGCCAAGCUGAGCCGAGAAGAGGCACACAGCUCUGACCUCCAAGAGGAGAUAGACAAGAUGAAGAAAACGACGGAGCAGCUGAAAAGAGGAGGUGACAGCAAGCCCAGCCUUUCCCUCCCACGGAAGACAAAAGAUAGGCGAUUGGUUUCCGUGUCUGUGGGGACAGAAGGACCUGUAGCUAAGUCUGUUACUUGUCAGACUGACCUGGUGACCGAAAGCAGUGAGCCUGGGAAGAAGGCGCCUCUGACCAUGCCUGCUAAGCCUUCUGCGGGGAGCUCGCGCAUCUCUGCGAGCGCAAAGGCGAACGUGUGCGCCAGCGCCCCGCUGGUUAGACCCAGUAUUGACAGGCAGGCUUCCCACGGCGACUUGAUCAGCUACUCUCAGCAGCCCGUGUCCGCUGCCCUACCUCCAGGUGCAAGCCGAGUGGAGGAAAACGGACCAAGCUGUGGCUCAGCCCCUGAUGUGACAAGUAGCACCCCAGCGCUUCCCAGUAGUGCGCCCCCCUUGCCUGCCCAGCCGUCAGGCGCGGCUCCCCAGGCCCACUCACAGGCUCCCCCAGCACACAGUUUACAUUCACCGUGUGCAAAUGCAUCUUUGCAUCCAGGUCUAAACCCGCGGAUCCAAGCAGCUAGAUUCAGAUUUCAGGGCAAUGCUAAUGACCCAGACCAAAAUGGAAACACUACACAAAGUCCUCCUUCAAGAGAUAUCUCUCCUACCAGCCGUGACAACCUUGUGGCCAAACAGCUAGCUCGGAAUACUGUCACCCAAGCACUAUCAAGAUUUACAAGCCCACAAGCAGGUGCCCCCUCUAGGCCUGGAGCGCCCCCUGCAGGGGAGGGUGGCACCCACCCUCCAGUUGGUCGAACCAGUUUAAAGACUCCUGGUGUACCACGUGUUGACAGAGGAAAUCCUCCUCCCAUUCCUCCAAAAAAGCCAGGGCUCUCCCAGACACCUUCUCCACCACAUCCCCAAAUCAAGGUUAUGAUGGAUAGUAGCAGGGCCUCAAAUGCAGGGGCCAAAGUUGAUAACAAAAGUGCGGUUUCACCUCCCUCCACUCUGCCACAAGGGAGCAGGGUAACAAAUGAGGAGAACGCCCCCAAAGCAUCCUCCCCUCAGCUGCCACCAAAACCAUCCAUAGAUUUAACUGUGGCACCUGCAGGCUGUGCAGUCUCAGCCCUGGCCACAUCUCAGGUGGGUGCCUGGCCUGCUGGAUCCCCUGGACUGAGCCCACCUGCAUGUUCAGACAGGUCCCUUGUUGUCCCCACAACCAAUGCCUUUCGCUCUUCCAUACGCCCCAUUAGUGCCUCAUCCCGUAGGCCAGGUGCCUCAGACAGCCUCCUGGUAACAGCAUCAGGCUGGUCACCCUCCCUAACCCCUUUGCUAAUGAGUGGUGGUCCUGUGCCCCUGGCUGGCAGGCCCACCCUUCUUCAGCAAGCUGCUGCCCAGGGAAAUGUCACUUUAUUAUCAAUGCUGCUUAAUGAAGAAGGACUGGACAUUAAUUACUCCUGUGAAGAUGGCCAUUCUGCCUUGUAUUCUGCUGCUAAGAAUGGACAUACAGACUGUGUGAGAUUGCUGCUGAGUGCGGAAGCUGCAGUCAACACUGCUGACGAAGACGGCUUCACACCCUUGUGUGCUGCGGCUGCUCAGGGACGUUUUGAGUGUGUAGAAUUAUUAAUUGCAUAUGAUGCUAACAUUAAUCACGCUGCUGCUGGAGGACAGACACCUCUAUACCUGGCCUGUAAAAAUGGAAAUAGAGAAUGUAUUAAACUCUUAUUGGAAGCUGGCACUGACCGGAGUGUAAAAACCAGAGAUGGGUGGACACCAGUUCACGCAGCCGUGGACACUGGUAAUGUGGACAGCCUGAAGCUCCUUAUGUUCCACCGAACACCAGCCCGCAGAGACUCUCAGAGUGAGGAGGAACCUGAGCCUGGCUCCUGUGCCUUGGAUGGAGGAGGAGGGAGUCCUGAAGACACAGGCGCGCCUGUUGUUCCUGCAGACCUCAUUAACCAUGCGGACAGAGAGGGCUGGACAGCUGCCCAUAUUGCUGCUUCAAAGGGUUUCAGGAACUGCCUAGAAAUCUUGUGUAGGCAUGGAGGGCUCGAGCCAGAAAAGAGGGACAGGUGCAAUCGGACAGUGCAUGACGUUGCCACUGAUGACUGCAAGCAUUUGCUAGAGAAUCUGAAUGCUCUUAAAAUACCCUUAAGGCUUUCUGUGGGUGAGAUUCCACCCGGCAAGGAUGAUGGUGAUGACUUUGAAUGUGAAAACACAAUAUGUGCUUUAAAUAUCCGCAAACAGACGUCUUGGGAUGAUUUUUCAAAAGCAGUGAGUCAGGCCCUGACACGUCAUUUCCAAGCCAUUUCUUCUGAUGGAUGGAGCAGUCCGGGAGACACGGCACUUACUACCACCACUGAUUCCAACAUCGGCCUCAGCGCCAGCAGUGUCCGAUCCAUCACACUAGGAAAUGUGCCAUGGCCGGCCGGUCAGAGCUGCACCCAGUCGCUGUGGGACUUCGUGAGGAGGAGCAAGGCGGAGCACGUCACGGUAUGGUUGUCAGGCCCCCCAGAAGGCUGCCUCGAUAGCGUGACUUAUGCUUCCAUGAUCCCUCUUCAGAUGCUGCAGAACUACCUCAGGCUGGUCGAGCAAUAUCGAAAUGUCAUUUUCCAUGGCCCGGAAGGAAGCCUACAAGACUACAUAGUGCGUCAGCUUGCGCUGUGCAUGAAGCACAGACAGAUGGCUGCAGGAUACUCCUGUGACAUAGUGAAAGCCAGAGUGGACGCUGGUUUCUCCAAGGAGCACCUGGUGGACCUGUUCAUCUGCAAUGCUUGUCUGAUCCCAGUGAAACAAUCUCCUGUUAAGAAGAAAAUCAUCAUCAUCUUAGAGAAUUUAGAGAAAGCCUCCUUGUCUGAAUUACUGGGAGACUUUCUGGCACCUCUUGAAAACCGCAACACGGAAAGCUCAUGGACUUUCCAAAAAGGAAAUGGGACAUCCGAAUGUUACUACUUCCAUGAAAAUUGCUUUCUGAUGGGGACCAUCGCCAAGGCCUGUCUCCAGGGCUCCGACCUGGUGGUGCAGCAGCACUUCCGCUGGGUGCAGCUGCGCUGGGACUGCGAGCCCAUGCAGGGGCUGCUGCAGAGGUUUCUACGGAGGCAAGUGGUGAAUAAGUUCAGAGGUCAGGUGCCCUCAGCCUCCGAUCCCACGUGUAAGAUUGUCGACUGGGUUCUGGGUGUCUGGCGUCAGCUCAACUCCUGCCUGGCCCGCCUGGGCACACCUGAAGCUCUGCUUGGGCCAAAGCCUUUCCUGUCCUGUCCUGUAGUCCCAGGACAUACCCACGCAACAGUGAAGUGGAUGUCUGAGCUGUGGAAUGCCGUCAUCGCACCCCGAGUUCAGCAAGGAAUAUUAUCCAGAGCCUCUGUGAAAAGACAGCCUGGCCUCGGGCAGACGGCUGUUAAGAAGCGCCCCAGCCAGGGCCAGCAGGCCGUGGUGAAGGCUGCCCUCAGCAUCCUGCUGCAUAGAGCCGUUCUGCAGGGCUGCCCCCUCCCCAGGGCAGAGCUAGAGCAGCACACGGCUGAUUUCAAAGGAGGGGGUUUCCCUCUAUCCAUAGUUUCAAGUUACAGCAAGAAGAAAGAGAGCGGUGCUUGGCGAAAGGUGAACACCAGUCCUCGCAAGAAGUGCUGCCGGUUCUCGGCUCCCACCUGCCAGAAGCUGGACCUGAGCCGUGGAGGUAUGAAAAAUAUGACUAUAUCACAGCUGAAUUACAGCAGGAAUGCCUCUCUGUCAAAGCAAAAGUCCUUAGAGAAUGAUGUCUCACUGACAUUGACCUUGGAACCAAGACUUUCUCUGGGCUCAGAUGAUGAAGCGGAUCUUGUCAAGGAACUUCAGCUCAUGUGCUCCAGCAAGUCGGAAUCCGACAUAAGCAAGAUUGCUGAUUCCAGGGAUGAUGUAAGGAGGUUUGACAGUUCAGGAAAUAUGCCUGCAUGCUCAGCAACUCGCAAUAACCGAGGAAUGCCAGUGUCACCAGAGGAGGCCGGUCCUCCCAGCAGCCAUCCAACUACUGAAUGCAGCAACAGUAAAUUAAAGACUGAGUCGGGUGUCUCAAGAGUGAAAUCUUUUCUUCCUGUUCCUCGAAGUAAAGCCGCCCAGUGUUCUCAGAACACCAAAAGAAGCAGCAGCAGCAGUAAUACAAGGCAACUGGAAAUCCACAACUCCAAAGAAGAGAAUUGGAACCUACACAAACAUGAACAAGUAGAAAAACCUACCAAAUAGGCCUGCCUACAAUAUUCUCACUUAUGUAUAUGUCAUACAGAAACCAAGGACCACAAGACUGUAAAUACCUUCAACUGUCUUCAUUCUAAUAUACAGUGUGAGUGCGGGACCACUAUUCAAUUUUUUUGUAAAGAAUGUAUUUAGGAUUGAACUUCAAUACCAAGAAGUCAUGCAAACGUUUCAAGUAGUUUUAUAAUACAAACCUAAUAGUUUUAAUCAAAAUGUUCAGGGGUAUUAGAGCUAUCUGUGUACUGUAUAUUGCAAUCUGUACAUACGUAUAUAUGUAUAUAUGUAUAUAUAUAUUUUAAAAAUUUGACAAAUCCUAUUAUACAUGUUACAAAAUAUGUACAACAUUGGCUUAGAUAACUUGUACCAUUUUAAAUGGAGAUCGUUUUACGUUCACUUGAGAAGUGAAUAGAACGGGGCAAUAGCAAAUCACUUCUAAACAUUUAUUUUCCAUUAAAAGCUAUAUAGAGUAUUUUGCCUGUUAAAUUCUAGUUUUACAUUUUAAAUCUUGUAGUAGUUACAUUGCCAUUUAGUUGCAUCAUGUAUAAAUGAGUUUGCAUUGUAACUUCUGUAAAAUACGAAAUUAUAAUGCAAUAAAAGUGUUAUCUUUCUUACAAAAGUUUUGUACCUGAGUGGAUAUAAAAGAUACUUGC